AUGGGUUCAAAGGUUGUGUUUCUCUUGGCCGACUAUGGCCAUGAUCCGACCGAGACUGCGGUCCCAUACAAGGCUUUCGUAGAAGCAGGCUUUCAAGUGACAUUCUUCACCGAGAAUGGCAAUGUGCCUAAAUGCGAUGCCAAAAUGCUCGAGGGCAUCACAGGCACCCUGCUCGGUGCCCCCAAGGCCGCUGUCGAGGCUUACAAGAAGAUGACGCAAAGCACAGAAUGGCAGAAUCCCAAGGCCUGGACGAGCGAGGGCAUUUCGUUGCUCGACUAUGACCUGCUUAUGCUUCCGGGAGGACACGAAAAGGGUGUGCGUCAAAUCCUUGAUUCGCCAAAAGCUCAGGCACUCAUCGCAGAGUACUUCCCUGCCUGCCAAAAACCCGGCAAGAAAGCCACGGCGGCGAUAUGCCAUGGCGUACAAGCUCUGGCCCACACCAAAGGUGCGGAUGGCAACAGCGUGAUCCACGAGGUCAACACUACCGCGCUGCCAGGCGUCUUUGAAAACGCCGCAUACCACAGUACCCGACUUUUCUUGGGAGACUACUACAAGACCUAUGGCGCCGGCACUGCCAAUGUCGAGGAGAUUGUGAAGGCCGCUCUUCGGGAUCCGGCGAAGCAGUGGAAAAGCUCGGCUAACCCUGCUGCUCCGUUUUUGGUCGAGAACCAGGACUGGAAUUACAUAUCUGGCAGAUGGCCGGGAGAUGCGCCUCUUUUGGCUGAGAGCGCGGUCAAAAUGGUCCAGCAACUGCAAAAGGCAUAA